GGUGCCAGCCCCGCAUCCUCCCUUACUGGCACAACCAGAGAGUCGCCAGGGGAGGCCUUUCAAGUGCAGGGAGCCAGCCCUGCUGCAGCGCCAACGGGGCCCUGGCCAGCCGCCCAAAGCCAAGCGGGCGGGGACAGGUCCGGCUUGCCCUCCUCGGCAACGACCCAGCACCAGCGGCCUUGGGGCAGCCCGGCAACGUGCCCCCCCAGAGGCCGCCUUUCCUCCGACCCUCUGCGCGUGCGUGCGUGUAUGGGGGGGUUAAGGGGCGGCCGAGCCAAAGCAUCGCCGCGCUCCUGUGCGGUUGUCCUCGCUGAGAGCCCUCGUAGCGCUCACCGCGGAAGGGGCCGGCGCGCCCUGCCUCCCGACCCGGUGACGAGCAGUCGGUGCCCGGCAGUGACAGAGCAGCGGGGACAACGGAGAGGGUGGCCGGAGCAGAGCGGGGAACCGGAUCGACGCAGCCGACCGGGCGGCUACCCGCGGCCACAAAGGCAGGCGCAUGCGCGCUUCGCCCACCACCUUACCCUCGGCGUUAAGCGCGCCGAAGCGCCGGGCAGGCGCGGCCGGGCUGGGCCCGCUGCUACUUGGCGGCAGUCGGUGGCUGCUCAGCCGAGGGCAUUUCGCCCGAAUGAGGGCGGGGCUGCCCACGGGAGUCUCCCAUCGGCCAGAGCAGCCCCUGAAUAUCGAGCCCUCUCGGCCUGCGGGACCGCCUGUCCGGCACCCAGCCCUCGCCCGGCUGGGAAAGGCCGAAGAGCGCAGCGCAAACGCGGAGAAAGGUCGCGCGAAGUCUCCGGCCAGCGCCGUCAUGCCGGCCCGAGCAACGGAGAGCAGCGCCCGACCGGCUCGGACCCUCCUCCGCCGAGGCCGCCGCAGGGACCCCGUCGGGGAAGGCGCCCCGCCGACGCCCAUCGAGCGCGGCUUCCCGGACUCGGCCGUCGGUUGUCCCGCGGGAGGCCUGGCCGUGAGAAGCGAGGCGAGGCUCUCCGGUCUCGAGCCGAGCGAGGCCGGCAGGUGUAGCGGCCCUUCUCCCGCCCCUUCGCAACCCCAGCA